AUGGAUGAGGACCAGUCUGACUCUUAUGACGCUAUUAAAGCUGCUGUGUUGUCUAAGUUUAAUGUAACAGAAGAGACCUACAGAUUCCGGUUUCGAAGCAUCAGUGUUCCAGUGGGAGAGAGUGUACGUGAAACCUAUGGUCGGAUAAAGGGACUCUACAGGCGAUGGAUGCGGCCUGACAGUCGGAGUAAAGAAGAGAUUGGGGAAACAAUCAUUUUGGAGCAGUAUCUUCGUGUGCUUCAACCAGACGUCCGCACAUGGGUGAAGGAGAACAAUCCAAAGACUGGAGAAGAAGCGGCAGACCUGGCUGAACGUUACCUGGCUGCUCACAGAGAACCUUUUAAGUCAAGAGAGACUGAGAGACCAAGGUCUAUGGAGAUCUUCAGGUUCAACCCUCGCUACAUCCUUUUCAUCCACUUGGUGCUAAACGAAACACUCCAGUUGACACUCAGCGUGUCCCUCUACCUCUUUGGCAAUUCCCUCUUCACCAUCUAUGUCUCACUGUGCGUACUCAUCCUCCUGCCGGCUAUUCUCACCACCAGGAACACUCCAUUGAAUCUGGCCUGCAUGGCAGCAGAAUGUUACAUCUCCGUCUGCAUCCCCCUCCGCCAUGGAAACAUAUGUACAGUUAAGAAAACCUACAUUGUCAUUGGCAUUAUGUGGGUAAUAAGCUUGCUCACUAUUCUGCCUGAUAUAUUUAUUCUUUUGAUUACUGAAGAGCUGGAAUUUUUGAAAACGAGAGUUUUCUGUGAGAGGGACAGAGUGUUCAGAAGCAGCUACAGUAAAAGUAAGAGAGAUGCGUCCCACAUAUUUUUUCUGGUGGUGGUUUGUCUCACUCUAUUCUAUACUUAUUUCAGAAUUCUGUUUGUGGCAAAAGCUGCAAAUUCUGAUGCUAAAAAAGCAAGAAACACUAUUCUGCUUCAUGGUUUUCAGAUGUUGAUGUGCAUGACGCUGUAUAUGCAAUCUUUGCUAAAGCAGCUCCUCAUAUACUUGUUUCCUAAACAUAGCAUUUCCAUACAGCAUGCUAUUUUUAUAUUAAUCCAGAUCAUUCCUCGCUGUCUAAGUCCCGUUGUUUAUGGGAUACGAGACAAAACUUUCAGAAUGUACUUUAAGAAGUAUUUUAUAUGUAUGCAAGUAAAAGCAAUAAGGGUACAAACCUAACAGAGAUCCAAAAGUCUUGUGAAAUACAUUGAACAUUUUCAACAAAGCCUGUUACCUUACCUGUGUGAAAAUGGGUAGUGAGUAAGUAGUUAAACAUGAAUAUAACAAAGUGCAAGUAAACAUGUCAUUUUCAUGUAGCAUUUAUUAAGGGCAAUCUCAACAACCAUUUCAAUAGGUACACUUGCUAAAUUGUUCAACACAAACGACAAAUCUGCCAACUAGACAAAGUAAACUGUGCUGUACUAGACAUGAUGUCAUGAUCCUUGAGUGUUUGAGUUUUGGGUGUUAUUUAUGUUUGGAAUUCUCUGUUAUUGCUCAACUGCUUUUGCCUCACUUAUAUGGCAAGACUAUGUCAGAUGAUGCCAUAUAAGUUUAUUCCUUCUUAUUUAGUCUCUGUAUUUAAUGCUAUUUUAACAGUUGAAUGCAACCUACUUCCGAUUUUUUGCCCUCAUGCCAUUUCACUAUACUAUAUAUCCAAUAGUUUUCAAAGCAUCUGCAAUCUGAAUGGUCAUGCUAUAUCAUCUGACUUGCUUCCAAGGUAACCGUAAUGUAGCAUU